AUGGAAGGUCUUUUGAUCAACAGUGAUUGUAAAAGUACUGUCAUCUUCAUCAUCAAUCCCAAUCACGGCUCCCUGUGGAAUGAUUCAACAACAGAGAGAACAAUUAUGGCCCAAGCUGGCACCACAGACAAUCCCAUUACGGGACCUUACAGAGCAACAAAGCUGUGGAACGAGGUUAUAUGCGCAUUUCGGCAAGGAGUACCGGCGACCCGCCAUCGGAGGUAUAUGAAGACAUACGAUAACUGUUUCACAGCGGCUGAGGCAGUGGACUGGUUGCACGCUUAUCUCAGAUCCAACUGUAAUUUUGCAUCAGAAGUCACAAGGAAUCAGACGUUGCAGCUUCUUCAAAAACUUCACCGUGCUCGAGUUAUAGAAGAUGUGAGAGGAGUAAAACACAACCAUCAAGAUGUCUGUGACAAUGGGAGACUACUCAGAUGCAAAAUUCCUUCCCCUGUGAAGACCCUGCGUACCCCUCUUAGGAACAGAAAUGACAUCAUCAAUACAAACUCGGGACAACCAGCGGGGCCAAUUAAGUUAGAUCUUGAUCUUCAGUUUGAGCCCAGACCAGAUAUUCCAGAAUGCCACAUCGUAGCCAAGGAACUGUCCUCUGCUGACACUGAAAACAUGUGGAAAAACGUGGCCCUGGACAAAUUACAGCAGGUGUUACACAUGGAGAACCUGGCGGACAUAUUGGACAGCAGUCUGGUGGUGGGGCGGAACAUCCUCCACAACUGUGUAUAUGUCAACAAGAGUGGCAUCGUCACCAACAUACCCCAAAAAGAUCAGCUACCACACUGGGCCCUGUCUGCCAUGAAGUGUCUAGCUCACUGGCCACAAAAGGUAGACGACCUUCCCAGCUACCCUGGGUUUGAGCGGGACGUGUUCAGGGUGGUGAAGGAGUACUUCUGUGGCCUUGAUGAACCUCUGAUGACCUACGAGAUGUACGAGGUCAUUCUGAAUGUUUUCAUUGUGGCUGAUGGCUCGUAUCAGCUGCUUGCAGCUGGGCCCACAUCUCCUGACGCCAUGACUUCGUUUGAGUCAGUGGAAAAUCUGUUGCUGGAUCUAACAAACACUGGGAGUGGAUCGAUCGGUGGCCCGAACGACCUAGAUCACACGCCCCUCUGUCGCAGGAGAAGCGCCCCCUCCAUAGACCUCUCCCCCAUCCACCCAGUCACUGAUCAGGAGAAAAUCACCAACUAUGAAACAGCUUUUGGUCCUGACAACCGCACAGUGACUCGUGUUUACUACACUAAUGGAGUUGCCAUGGACUACAGCAAAGAGGAGGAAGCAGAAGUGUUUGCUCCGAUUGAAACUCACUUCGAGAGUUCAGAGCCAUUACAAGUGCCAGAGUGUCAGACUUAUCAGGUUAACUUUGCUCAUGUGAGGCCCGUCACUCGCAGAAAAAGUGACAGCAGAAAAAAUGGAGACAAAAAGAGUGAAGCCUAUAGGAGACGGAGUUAUGGCCCCUCGUCUGUAGGGCUUGUGUCGUCGCCAAGCUGUGGAGAGUGCACGGUUCAACAGUCAUCUAGGUCAUACAAUGGCUACAUAUCCAGCCGGUCCUCGUCACAAGGAGAGGAUGGGGUCACCGCAGUCCCCACUAGGUCGGGAUUUCCCAGGUCCAAGUCCAGUGUUUCUCUACAUACAUGUGCUCACCACGACUUCCAAUCUCAGCUUUUGGCAGAAUGCCAGAAAGAGAGACAGAAGCAUCAGAUAUAUGAGAGUUGUGAGUCGUUACCAGGGAGGAGCCUUAGUUUGUCUGACCUAUUGCAAGCUGGGACAGUUCUAAAAUCAAAACUGAAGAAGUGUAACACUGCUACUGAGCUGUGUGAGAUGGACAGUGAGGAGCGGAUCAAGGAUGCCCUACAGCUGGUCUGUCUCCUGCUGCCACCCGCCAAUCGCCGCAAGCUCCACCUACUGUUGAAGCUGAUGGGUCGGAUGUCGGAUAAUCCACAGAUUGAACUGGAUGUUAAUCAGACCACCCGGACCUUAGUGUUGGAGACAUUUGCUUCCUGUAUUCUGAGUUGCCAUGACGACUCAGACCGAGAGGAUCGUCUUGUGAUGCAGAUCGUUUCCUUUCUGAUAGAUCAUUACAACCACAUCCUGUCCGUCCCUGGCGAACUCACGACCGCAGUUCAUGAGCGACUCACUGCUGCCACAAGAACUCAGGUGGUGUUCUCCAAUGAUACAGUGGGUCUGACCUACUGUCAUCAAGUGUCCAAGUCCGAGUACGAGACUCAGCGUCUCAGCAACUCGCAGCGAGCUAUCCGAGAUCUGCUGGAGGAGAUCAUCAAUGACAGAACCAUGUCAUACAAGGACAAGAAAAAGAGACUCAAAAUAUUCCAGAAAACCUAUCCUGAUAUCUAUGCAGAAAGAUUUCCUCCACAUGACUCAAAAUCAACAGAGCCAUUAAAUCAAAAAACAGAACAAUCCAAGCUACAAAAAAACCAGAGGAACUCUCAGUCCAAAUCAGUAAUGUCACAGGAUCCCAAGGCCGCCCUGCCCCCAAAACCCAAACUCAAGCAACCCCUGCUGAUUGCUGGCAGUCAUAUUGGCACAUAUGAAGCUUACUACAAACAGGCCGAUCCUAACAAUACAGGGAGCAUUGGUGCUCUAGAUGCUGCCAGCUUCCUGAAAAAAUCCUCCUUACCAGACACAGUAUUGUCACAGAUAUGGGACCUGUCUGACCCCUCAGGUAAGGGGUACCUGGAGAAGACGGGGUUCUAUGUGGCCCUCAAACUAGUGGCCCUGGCCCAGAACAAUGUUGAGCUCAACAUCUCCAAGCUGACCGAGAUGACGCCCGCCCCUAACCUGGGUCCUGUGGAGAUAAAGUCUGAGUCUCCUACCCCAGCAUCGUCUAAUGUCCCGUGGAUAAUCACAGAUGCAGAGAAGGCGAAAUAUGACCCUGUGUAUAAUGGUCUGAGUCCCAUCAAUAACCGUGUGUCGGGAGACAAGGUCAAACCAAUGCUGAUUAACUCGCAGCUUCCCAUUGAGGUUCUGGGUAAGAUCUGGGAGCUCAGUGACAUUGACAAGGACGGCUUCCUGGACAAGGACGAGUUCUAUGUGUGCAUGCAUUUGGUGUACAAGGCCCUGGAAAAGACCCCCGUGCCCCAGUCACUGCCCCCUCAGCUAGUACCGCCCUCUAAGCGGGGUAAGGGGGCCCCCGUAGUAGGGGGUGUACCUGUGCUACCAACAGUAGCCGCCAGGGAUUCCCCAGUCCAGCGGGCAGACUCUCCAGCUAUGGCCAUCCAGUGGGUUGUGAACCCGGUAGACAAGAUGAAGUUUGACCAGAUGUUCAAGAUCGCGGACACCGACAUGGAUGGCUUUGUGUCGGGGGACGAGAUACGCAGCAUUUUCCUACAGAGUGGUCUCCCCAACACGACCCUGGCUCACAUCUGGACCCUAUGCGACACGAAUGGAGUAGGGAAGAUCAACAAUGAACAGUUUGCCCUUGCAAUGUACCUGGUCCAACAGAAGCUGAAGGGGGUGGAUCCCCCCGCUACCCUCACCCCUGAGAUGAUUCCCCCGUCCAUGCGACCUAAGGGGAGUACGGACACCACACAAUUUGGAGUUACAGAUGGAGUGAAUGCCGGACCGUACGGACACGUCGCCGAUUCCUCGGCCAUUAAAGAGCUCGACAUCAUCUCCAAGGAAAUCGAGGGCAUGAAGAGAGAGAAGUUACAGCUGGAGAGAGAUAGCUCUCAGACUGAGGCAGACAUCAAGAUCUGUAAUGGGGAGGUCACCAUGCUACAGAAGGAGUUGGACGCCAUCACUGCCACACUCCAACAACUGGAGAACCAGAAGGAACAGGCUCAGAAGUGUCUGGAUGAGCUCGACGAAAAGAAAUCGGACCUGGAGAGCAAUGUACGAGAUAUACGGGAGAAAUGUGAGGCGGAGCAGAGGAGCAUUGAGGAGUUAAAGGCUCAGAUAACAAACCGGGAAAUGUCUGUACAGAACCAAGAGAAAGAACUAGAGAAAUUAAGAGUAGAACUAAGUUCCCUGAGGGAGGAAGAAUCCAAGAUGGAACAGCAAGUGGAGGGUGGGAAACAACAGUUGGAACUGCUGAUCAAAUCUCAGAAUGACCUGCAGCUUCAGAUAUCCCAGUCCCGACAAAGAGUACAGCAUUUGAACGACCAGGAGCGAGGCCUGAAGCACAGUAUUGCCAGUUAUAGCAGCAUGAACAGCGAGGUGUCCAACAUCUUCUCCAGUCAGGUCCAGGACGACAUCAGUACCAGGGCCACGUAUGGAAGCCCAGUCAGCACCAUCAGUAACUUCAGUGUCGGCUCCACUCUGGAUGAUUUCAAGGACGACCCCUUCAAGAGUAAGGACGCGUUUGGAGGAGACUCCAGUGGGGGAGGAUCCGAUCCAUUCCAGAACGAGGACCCAUUUAAGGAGGGUGGCGAUCCAUUCAAGUCAUCGUCGUUUGGAAGCGAUCCCUUUGCUUCAGAUGAUCCCUUCAAAUCAUCUGACGCCUUUGAGGGUACAACUAAAUCUGAAAAAGGUGAUCCUUUCGGGAGUGUGGAUCCCUUUGCUUCCUUUGGAGGAACUGAUAACACCAAGCUGGAUGCCUUCGACCCGUUUGGGAAAAGUGGGCCAAGCGGUUCCUCAAAACCCAGUAAACCAGACAGUUUAUUUGGAGGCGACCCAUUUGCACCAAAGUCGCCUUCAAGACCAUCUAUUGGACCAAAAUCUCCAGUUCCUGCCCUGCCCCCAAAACAGAAAAAACAACCCCCUCCCAGACCCGCCCCUCCCAAAAACCGACCCACCCCUAGUCCUAGCCAACAGCUGGGAGAGUUCGACAGUGACCCUUUUGCAGGAAAUGAUCCAUUUGCCAGCUCUGCUACCACAUCCUCAGAUGAUGCUUUUGCCAACUUUGCUGACUUUAGUCCUAGCAAGUUUGAUGAUAAAGGGGCUUGGAGUUGAGGAAUCUACAGAAUAUUAAUCACCAUUGGAUACCCCAAGGGAAGGGACAUAACUCCCUCCAACCAAGGGGAACCAUCACCUUUAGGAUCAGCUGUUCAUGUGUAGAUCUUGUGUCACUCUGUAGAUGUGUUUCACAGUCUCCUUGAAAUAGAGAUUCAUUCAUUCACGGGUACAAUCAACUGAUUUAAUUUAUAUCAAUUAGUGUGGGCGGGAUAACCAAACAUUCCAUAAUGCUCGUACAAUGGUACUCACAGCUUGUAGGGCAAAUCAACUUUAAUUUCAUCUAAAGGCAUCAUGAAGUGCAAUAUUUUAGCGAUUGAAGUGUUGUGACAAGUGUUCUGUUGAUACAGUGAAGUAAGACGUGUUACACGACAAUGUGAGAGUGGAUAGGUGCAGUUUUACACAACUUGUGUUUCCUUACUUUGUGCAAUUUGUAUACAUCUAUUAUAUAACUCUAGAAAUUUUUAGUUCAAUAUAUUUAUGUAUUUGUUUAUUGUAUAUAUAUUAUAUAAAUCAUCUAUGUCAAUAGAUUGUGCCAACAGAACUUUUAA